AUGCCAGUGCCGUUCGGCUUUUCAGUUGGAGACUUUGUGACUGUGAUACAGCUCACAAGCAAAAUCAUCUCCUCACUAAAGGAUGUCGGAGGCUCCUCUUCCGAGUACCAACAUUCUGUUAUCGAACUCGAAAGCCUCAAGAGACUGCUCGAGAAAGUGAGCCAACUUACCAUCACAGAAGACAAUGCGGUACAGGUCAAUGCCCUUCGCGGCCUCGCGUUGGCUUGCGAACCAUGUCUCCAAGAGUUCCACGGAAAGCUCAAGUCUUAUGAGGCUUCGAUUGGUCCUUACGCCCCGAGGCGCACCCUCAAAGGAACCUUCCACAAGGUCAAAUGGGCUUUUUUGGGCUCUGAAGAGUUCAGCCAAUUCCGCAAAUUCAUUGCCAUGAAGGUGCUCUGCUUGAGUCUACUGCUUUCCAUGCAUAUCUUGUAG